ACCGGAUGAAACGGAAGGCAUCUGCAGAGGAAGAACAGCCUCUGACAAUCAAGAAGAUGUGUCAGCAUGUCAACGGAUGUUAGUAUGGAGCAUUUCUCAUCAAAUAUUAACAGAAGAUGAAACUAAUGAGUUAAAUAGAGAUGGAUCGGUCAGAAAUGAGCACUCUUGCUUUGCCUUUUGCCAUUCGGCGUGGGGGAUCAGAUACUAACCUCAACGUCGAUGUUCCAGAUGGCAUUUUUGAUUUCCAAAAGGUCAAACUGAACAUUGAACACGUACAACAGAAAAUUCUUAAAAUAACUGAACAGAUCAAAAUUGAACAGACAGCUCGGGAUGAAAAUGUUGCCGAAUACUUGAAGUUAGCAGACAGUGCUGACAAACAGCAAGUUGCACGUAUCAAACAUGUAUUUGAGAAAAAAAAUCAGAAAUCUGCACAUUCAAUAGCUCAGCUACAAAAGAAACUUGACCAGUACCAUAAAAAACUAAAGGAGAUUGAUCAAAAUGGACUUCUAAAAAAUACCAAAGACAUUUCCAAGGAUACUUUGAAAGAAAUGCAGCAAAGUCUAAAAGAUGUCAGUAACAAUGCUCGAGCUGGAGGCCAUGGUGGUACCAUGGGAGAAAGCACAAAACACAUUCCUGGUGUUUCCCUAACACCACCCAUGUUUGUGUUCAACAAGUCUAGAGAAUUUGCUAAUCUGAUCCGUAAUAAGUUUGGCAGUGCGGACAACAUUGCCCAUAUGAAGACUACACUAGAUAGCUUCCAACCAGAAGGUGGACCUAGAGGUUUAAGCGGCAGUGCCACCAUGGUCAACAAACCAAAAUAUGGAAGUGAUGAUGAAUGCUCCAGUGGUACAUCUGGGUCUGCUGACAGCAACGGUAACCGGUCUUGUGGCACAGGACGUACGAGCACACUUGACAGCCAAGGCAAGCUCUCCCUUAUUUUAGAAGAACUGAGGGAACUAAAAGAAGCGCAGACUCAGUUAUCAGACGAUAUAGAGAACUUAAAGCUACAGUUCAAAAAGGAUUACAGCUUCAUUUCACAAGCACUGCAGGAGGAAAGAUACAGAUUUGAACAUUUGGAAGAUCAGCUAAGUGACCUCACUGAAUUACAUCAGCAUGAGACUACAGACCUAAAACAGGAGCUAGCUAGCAUUGAAGAAAAAGUGGCCUAUCAGGCAUAUGAGCGUGCCCGUGACAUUAAGGAAGCCCUGGAAACUUGCCAGACUCGUAUCGCAAAGCUUGAACUCCAGCAACAACAGCAGCAGGUGGUCCAACUGGAAAAUGCCAACGCCAAAGUGCUUCUGGGGAAAUGCAUCAACAUCUUGUUGGCACUUGUGACUGUUAUCCUUGUUUGUGUUUCUACAAUAGCUAAGUUCACAGCACCAAUGAUGAAGACCAGAUUUCAUGUGAUCUGUACUUUCUUUGCAGUUACUCUUUUUGCUAUAUUUUGUAAGAACUGGGAUCACAUUUGGCUUGCUCUGGAAAAACUGUUCAUUCCAACCUGAAUGAAAACUUUAAAAAGUGUCUGCAAAAGUACACGAUCUCAACAAGAAAUUCAAUGACUGAAUCUUUGGCAGUAGCACCAAAGCGAAAUGCAACAGAAAAACAGGCCCACCAGUUUUCAAAUGCAUAAAAUGUAGACUGUCUGUUGAAUUCUAUUACAUUUUGUGCCCUUCUGUAGUACAUUCAUCUAAAGAAAUCUGUUAAAAUGGAGUAACUUUUUUCCUGCUAUUAGCAGUUUCUUAAGUUUACUUGGGCUGGGCCUAAAAUUAGUCAAUAUCGAUCAGUGCACAACCCUGGUAAGCUAAUAUAAAUAAAUUAUCAAGAUGAUGACGCAAAAGAGGUACAAACCAGCUGUCAGCCUUGGUUAUUGCAUAUUCAUUUGUGGAUGCACUUCCACUGCAUUUGGAUUAAUUUUAAGAAAAACAUCCCGUCUGGGGAAGGUGGUCUUGAGUAAUAUUUGUCUGGGGUAACAAUUAGCAAGUAGAGUAGUUAAAGCACAUUUUAAUGCAAUUUCACUGCCAGACUCAGUUCUGUAGUGCGAUAGAAUUUUUGUAAUGGAUCAUUCUGCCUCAGGUUACAGAAGGAUGUUCUGAAAGUCACAUAUCCUCCCAAGCCUAAACUUAGCUACCCAGAAGAUGUCUCAUGUACUGUAAUAUAUAUAUACUGGUUACAUAGUAGGAGUGUUGCUUAGAAGGUAAAGUGGCCAAAAAUUCUCCUUAAAGAUCAGAAAGCAUGUGCAAUGUUUUUAUUAACCAAGUUAUGUAAAAAAAACUUUUUUUAUUGAACAUAUUUUUAUAAUAGUAAACAUAAAUGUCUCAUAAAGUAUAUUCCUGGGAGGCUAGCCACCUGACUGGCAAUGUGUUUCCAGGUUACUUUCAAUUCAAGACUGUGAAUUAUAUUCUUGUGUAGGAUGCAGGUCAUUCCAGUUGUGGGUGUGAACAUUACUGAGAUAUAUAUUAUGACCACAUUCUGUGAUUUGGGGUAAAAUGUAUAUGUAUAUUAAAUGACUGGACAUUUAAUUUUGUGAACUAAUGCCUAAACUAUCACUCUGGCUUAAAAAUGUGCAACAGAACAAACCGUGUUUAUAUACUGAUUGACAUUUUUUUUGCUGUAGUGUUUUUUUGUUUGUUUUGUUUUUUUUAGUUUGUGCCAUUUGGAUAGAGAUGCUGUUUAUGUGCCCAUUGUCUUACAACUGGAAUCUUUUUAAAAAAAACUGACCAUGACAAAGAUGUUAUUUUAUCAGCCACACAGUGCAGAAAGAUAAACACAGGUCAAAUAGUGUUUCCAUAUCUGAGUCUCCUUUGCAUGUGCCUAGCAGUAGAGUUUGAGUCUGUCUGGAGCUUGCAUGGUUUGAUGGUAUGGGAUGACAAGAGGUAGCAACAGGAAUCCAGUGCUCUCUUCCUACUGAGCUUCAGUUCUGCGAAAAAAAAUUGUAUCAAAUCUGUUCCUAACAUAUAAUUAAUACAUAUGUUUACAGGAGCUCAACAAACAACACUAUCAGUUAAGUAUUCCUUAGAUGGCUUGUUCAGUACAAAUGUGUUUGAAUAGUGGGAGGGGCCAAAGCUUGGAACAUUUCUUAAUCAUAUAAAAACUGAACAGUUACAAAUGAAGUUGCAGAAUCCACUCUUGCACAUAUGUUUCUGUCUCAGUUUAAAGUCAUUUUCUUUCAUUUUCAUUUCAAUCUGCAGAUAUUUUUUUUCUGUAAACGCAGUCAGUUACAUUAAUAAAUAAAAGUGUGCAGCUUUGCUGGAAAGUGUGUCUUGCAAGUUCAGUCACCCUCAAUAUAAAUAUUUCUUUAUAUCUGUGACGUGUUGCUGGAUGUCAUUAGAAGAACCCAUGGCUAUGACAAUCUGUGUAAGAAUAGUUUGUUUAUAUUAUUUUCUGGUGACCUGAUAAAGUCCAUUAGGACUGUACUGCUGUUUUUAUGGGUGACUCUGAACUCUGCUUCUGUGACUUUGAGUUGCACAAUAAGCUGUGAAAAUCCAUUUCAGGUGUGUACCUUGCUGCUUACUCAUGGUGUAUAUUCGGCUUGAGUUGUCUAAACAAGUUAUUUAGGUAGUUAAGACUGUUAUAUUUAGAGCUGUGCUGUUUCCAUUUCUGUAAGGUGGGUAUGUGGGCUUGGCUUACUGAUACACAAGUACCAAACGUAUCACAUUGCAAAAGCACAGUUGUCAUGACACUAAGCAGAUAAUGCCACCUAAGUGAUAAUGUAAACUAGGCACAGUGCGUCUUAGGUAAUGCUUUUUGUGUAUUCAGCUUGGUGUAUUUAAUGUUUCAUGUAUGUGUUGUUUAGUCAUAGGUAGUUCUGUAUUAAUUAAAUGUCUGACAGACACAGCUACUGGCGCAUGUGCACUGCAGAGAUGCUAUAAACAUCCCUGGUAAUUAAAUGUAUUUAUACCAUGAAUUUAAAUCAACAGUUAGAAUGGAUAACAAUGUGUUCCAGGGGGAGUAAAUCCAGUAAUAACUUCCUAGAAAAAAAAAUGUAAAAUGACAUUAAAAGAGCCAUUAGAGUGAGAGACACACACACACACACCACUACAUAUUAGGAUACAAAACUAAAACACCAGUUAAGUAACAAAACCUUGAAUUAAAUAAUACUUCCAACAAGAGAAACAUAAGUGCCUUCUUCUUUUGGCUUUUUCCAGGUUAGGGGUCGCCACAGCGGAUCUCCUGUCCGCCUCAUGAUUGGCAG